AUGAAGGGGAAGGCGGUGUCGACACAGCCACAAUGGCGCGCGGAGAUGGUGGGCGGCGCCCAACUGGGCCACGCCUACGCUCCGCAAGUGAGCUGGCAGAGCCCGCCCUACGCGCCGCCCUCGCCGCAUCUGCAGCCCUCGCCGAUGCAUCAGCAGCCCUCGCCCAUGCAUCAGCAACCUUCGCCGAUGCAUCAGCAACCAUCGCCGAUGCAUCAGCAACCAUCGCCGAUGCAUCAACAACCCUCGCCGAUGCAUCAACAACCCUCGCCCAUGCAUCAGCAACCCUCACCCAUGCAUGUACAGCAGGUGGUGUCGCCGGGGCUGCACCCGACGUCGCCCUACGCCGUGCACUUGCUCGGCGCACAGCAGAUGCAGCAUCAGCAGCAAAUGCAUAUGGCGUCGCUGCAGGUGGGAGCGGCGUCGCCCAUGGGCGCCUCGCCCGCGGCUUCUCCCGCGCUCAUGCAGCCGGGAGCCAUGAGCAUGCCGAUGGGGCUGCAGCCUACUAUGGACCCCGUCAUGGCCGACUUAGGCGCGCCCACAUACACGCAGUGCCAAAACCAACCAGGAGCUAUUAGCAUGCCGAUGGGGCUGAAGCCUACUAUGAACCCCGUCAUGGCUGAUUUGGGCGCGCCCACAUACACGCAGAUGGACAGCACGGUGAACAGCACGCCAUCGCUGACGUCGCUGCUGCAGCAGGCCGGCGAAGACGACGUCAGCUACACCUCCGGCGACCUCGCGCACCUGUCCAGCCUGCUGGCCGACCGCCACGACCUGUCCGACUCCCUCACGCGCCUGUCCACGCGCGACCUGCUGCAGCCCUAGCGCCGUUCAGCCGAUCCAGAUUAUCUGUUGUGAAGAGUCAUCUCGUUCCUUCCCAAAUGCGGUAAAUACCACAUCGGAGGCAAACUACUCCAGCUUCGAAGAAAGGAGACUAGAGAUGUUUAUUUGAUAAUGUUCAUCGAUAUCGAUGUUGGGUUUAGUUAGGCGAGUUUAUCACUUACUGCAUUUAAGACUAAAACCAGAAAACUAAAAAAAAAGAGACAUUUCGCUAAUUGUUCGUUCAGAUUCUAAAACCAACAUUUAAUGUAAUAUUUUAUUUCGCUUGUAUAAUAAAAUCAUUAAGUUAAAAUUGUUUUGGUUAAUUUAAUCCGAGUGUGUUUAUUUCGAAUUAAAUUAUUUGUAGUCUAAAUGUGUAAGUAUGCCGUUUGAUAUUGUAAAUAAGUGAUCUCCAAAGAAGCGAAUUCGACGUACCGUUAUCGUUUCGUUGGCGUGUAACGCUAACGUUACUGAUUUGUGGAAUACUGGUUAUUACUACUAGAGUGGGACUCUGAUAGUUAUCUUUUAAAUGGCAAUUUCAAAGCCUUUUAUUAAUACUUUUUUAAUACUAAAGCUUGAUAUUGCAAUGUAAAAUAUACCUGAAUGAAAAUAAAUCAUUCUGAUAUCAUAAUGAAAUGAAAAAAUACUUUUUAUACAUUUCCAUAUUUUUGAAAUGGAAGAUUAUUGUAUUCAAUAUGUUUAUAAUUUUUUGAUUGCGAUAUCAAGAUUUUGUUCUGCUUGAAAAGCAGCUUGCUUCUCUUUAUUGUGUUUGUACGAAUUUAUUUAAUGCGUAGUUGUUAAAAAGAGGUAGCACUUUAGUGGGUAGAGGUAUAAACCCAAGGCGUAACUUAUUUGACACGUCGACUUAAAAAAAGUCUAUCCAUUGGAAAUAGUUAAACAGAAACAAGUUCUAUUGAAUAAAAAAUAAUUGUGGUUACCAAUUACACAAUUUAUUAAAUGAAUGUUUGAAUUAAAUACUUCAAUCUUUUGUAUUUUGACCAUCUCCAAAGGAUAGACUUGACAAACCAGAUAAUGUACCGGAAAACUGGGAAAAUGGCAUGUAAACCUAUCACAAUAUUAUUGUGUCUUUAUUCUAUCAUCGUAUUUGAACAAAUUUACUAUGUCAAAGUAUUUUUUGUUGAGUGUCAUGCCAUUCUCAUGUCAUGAGAUAUUUCCCGGUCUUUGUCACUGUAAUGUUCCGUGAACAUGGUUGGCCCAGAUUUGGAACAUUACAGUAUAGAAAUCUAGCAUUUUCAAUAUUUAUUCCACCAGUUUAAUUCGCUAGAUAUCCCAUUUAUUCUUAUGAUACUAUUUUAAUGUAACAAGCAA